AUGCCCGCAUCGACGACAGCGGCGCUGGGGGCCAUGACUGCUUUCUUGGCGUUGCUGGGUCAUUGCUGCAGGAACGCAUCCUCAGCUGGCAUACUGCCGCAGCCUUUGGCACGGCGUCUUCCGACGACAUUGGGGCGCUGCUGGCAUCCUGCGCAGGGCACGCUGCCGAGGUACCGACAGAAACGGAGGAUCGUGGCCGCGUGA